AUGUCGCAUCAUAUUCGUACAAUUAUAGAAACCGAUGACAUAAGUUAUGAUGAACAACCCAUAAAUGAAUUGACUUCACUUUUUUCACAAAAAGAUUUUCAGUCUUAUUCAGAACUUACAUUGAAAACUGCUCUGUGGCGGCAGAUUGGUCAUCGAAUUAAGAUGUUUGUUAUGGUGUUCGAUAACAUUAAACGUAAUAUGGUACAUUUGACUGCUGGAUUUAUUUUGGUAUUCCACAAGAUGAAAGAACUUUGUUGCAUCUCGCAUAAUGUGCUUAAAAACGAAGUAAAUAUAUUCUUCAAUGCUAUUCAAAAGCAUGUUAAAUAUUUUGAUGACGCAUUGUGGACAAAAUGGUUUUCACACGAUACUAAGUUUAAAGAUUGCGUGUUUUUCAUCACCAGAAUUUUAAUGCCAACGGGAAAUAUUUUAAACGAGGACGAACAAAACCGUAUUAAAAAUGCAGUUAAGUAUUUAAACAAGGUGAGAUGUAGUCGGUAAAUUUUGUACAAAAACAUACCUAUACAAAUUCCAGUAUCAGAGACAAAUGACGACGAAGACGUAUUUAGUAGUGAUGGUAAAACUAACAGACGAAAAUAUGAAGGAAAUCAUCGUGUUAACGAUCACGAUAUUAAACGUAUCCGAGUGACAGAAAGUAAACCAGGUGUUUUUAUUAAACAAUCACGAAAAAUAUCAAGAAGACUGUUGAUUUAA